CUCCCUCUUUCUCCUGCCAGUCUGCGCUUCCCCGAGCGAGAGCCAUGGGCCACUGUAGUGUAGUUGGCACGCCAAACCAGCCCGUUGGUUCCUAGUCUAGUUCCUCCUCCCGUCUCCUCUCCCAACUCCGAUUCCGAUCAGCUGGGUCGCCCGACCUUUUGGAACUGGAACCUUGAAUCCGUCAGCCGUCUGUCACAUCGUCUCGACUCGUCUGGUCCCCGUCUGACCUGAUGAUUCUCCCACCAGCAACAUUCUCACCGUCGACACAUUCAGCUUCGCAAUAAGCCGAGUCCACGCCCAACUUCCACGUUCAUGUCGACGCACACGCCCCGACCCCCGAACCAUCAAUGAAGCCGUCUCGCCUGUCCGGUCCUUUUCCACAAUGCUGGGGAUGUGCACCCUGCGACGGCAUGACCUUCUCGUAGCGGGUCUCGUUUUAAUUUCCUCAUCUGCUGCGAAAACCACCGAUGGCAUUACCUUCCUCUACCCCGUCGGUGGCGAAUCCUUUUACAACCUCGAUACCGUCAAGGUCACAUACGAGUCCACUCUUCUCGCCCCUGUUCUCUACACCUUCUGCAGCAUCAACGGCGUCACCACGCAGAUGCAGGUGCAAGACGCCGAACCCGACAACGCAUCCACGCUCGUCCAUCUGAACGUAACUACCAACGUCCCCUGCUGGUUCGACCUGAGGGCAGGCCAGUCUGCACGCGAAGGGGCCACCACUGAGAAGUGGACUGCCCUAGCGAGAUCACGACAGGAGACCACCUGGAGCGGCACCGCCCUUCCCACAUCGACGCCCACGACAUCCGGCAAGCCGUACCCUCUCGGCCCCCCUCCCGAUCCAUCCGGCCUGACCUCGGGCGCCAAGGUCGGCGUUGCCAUCGCCGUCGCGCUUGGCACCAUCGCAAUCUUCACGAUGGGCUUGUGGUUAUGGUGGCGGAGGCGGCAGAAGCGGAAGGUCGCCAAGGAUAUGGUCAAUUUUGUCGACGGUGAUAUUGUCAAUCUGGUCGAUGGAGGACGAUUCGAAAAGCGAACCGUGCCCCCCGAUGCCUACUACGACCCCUAUCUCGCCGCCUCCAGCCAGUCGACUAUUUCUCACUCCACCCACACGCCUAAUUCCGCCUAUCACCCAUCUCCUGUUCACGAGCACCAACAGCCCGUGCAACAACAAUACUAUGCUGAGGCAUCAGCGUCACACGAGCGGACAUCCGCACCGAUAUUACCCCAAGAAACCAUCCCUCCCGCACCGGCUGUGACGCACGAGAACGCUGCUUGGCCGAACGCGGCGCGUCAUCCUUGGUCGCCCCCUGACUAUGACGCCCAUUCACCAGCGUCCGAGUGGAGUGUUCAGGGCGAGUCCGAAUUCUACGCAGUCCCGCAAAGAGGCCAUCCAGUGGGGAGAGAUUACAAAUCCGCACAGCCGGUCGAAGCUUUACCUGCCAUCCUGCCCGAAUCGAAGCCACAGGCCGAACUACCCGACAAUCAAGGCUACCGUGCUCGCGGGGAUGAGCAAGAACUACCAGCCCCUCACCAAGCACCACCAUCGAGAAAUGCUCCUCCCAACGGCUUAGAAAUCGAAGAACAAAAGUUCCUCUUGGCGGACAUGUUGGAGUUGAGGGAGGCCAAGUCAAAGGCAGCUGAGCGCCGGUCAGCAGGAUGAAGUGAAAGCGGAAGACUGGCUUUUUUUUAACAACUGAAGGGAUCAGAUUGAUCACUGGCUCGAGAGCCAAAGAACCCACCUUGGUUGGCUACGUGGCAGGGACUGGAAUGUCCAGCAUGAACGCGGCCAGCCAAGGAAGGAGAUAGGCACGACCAGGAUACAGGAGUGACCUACCAAUCCAGCACGGACAACCUCUGGGAUGCAAGAUAUAUCUGCACCAGCACGCUUUUGCCUUGCAGUGCGUGGUUCUAGGGGUAGGAAGCCGCGAGGGAGGGCGGGCUAGCAAGGCGUCAGACCGCUGCGCUGGCCCACGGGUAUCCAAGAGAAGGGCCGUCUGAUAUCGGCGAGAGUAGGAGACGACAGCCCGUCGAAUGAAGGCGAGGCUUCUAGAAAGUCAUUUAUUGACGCUGGAUCUCGGAGGGUAUAAUAUGUCCGCAACGGCGGCCAAACUAAAGACAAAUGAAAGAUAAUUUGCACAAGCCACACAUGAUCGGGUGCUUUUCAGGCAUCAAACCACGCCCCUCAGCAUCGGAUGAACCUCGACGUCUCCAACGCCCAGCUGGCCGCGGACAUUCCGAGAAGAGCGCAGCGGGCUCGUUACAGCUCAUCGGUGCCAGAUAUGCGCCCCUGUCUCUUCUUCACCAUCUUGGACAUCCACAAGGCCAGGUGCCACCACUUCUUAGGCGCCGAACCCGGAUCCAUCAACGACUUCUCCAAGUCCGGAAACCGCCUCGACAUGUUCUCCUGGAUCUUGGGGAUGAGCGCGUCGUAGUGGUCCGCGGUGGUGCCAUAGAGCUGGCUGUGCCGGCGGUUCAGUAUGUUGACGAGGCUCGCGAAGCCCUCGAUGCCCUCGAAGUCAGAGUCGCCGAUCCGGUCGAGCCAGCCAAAGUCCGUCAUGGAGCUCGGCACCGUGCGCUUGAGGACGGCCGCCGUGUGGAAGAGGAAGUAGGGCGACUCGAUCUCGGGCGGCAGGCCCUGCGGCUGGUGGACCCCGCCGGCGGGCGCCGAGGGGGCCGAGAUGCACUUCUGGUUCUGCAGGUACAUGAUGUCGUCCAGGAUGUCGUCGUCCAUGGCCCGCUUCAGGAGCACCACGGCCCGCAGCCGCCGCCCUUCCCGGCCCGGGUCCGUCCCCGCGAACAGGCUCUCGUCCGGCUGCGAGAUGAAGUCGGACAGGCCCCAGUACUUGAAGGCGCUCCUCACCGUGUCGAACCACACGAACCCGACUUUUGCAUACGUCAGGACCGGCAGGUCUGGGAUCGGCGGCGUCGGUGCCGUGGCCGGGGGUGCAGCGGCAGCCAGGGAGUGAUGGCGGACGAGCGCCACCUGGGUGGCGAGCCUGGUCUCGAGGUCGCGGCUGCGCCGCUCAGCCCUGUCGCGCUGCCGCCGCGUGACCUCAAGGUCGCCCUCCAGCUCGACGAGCUGCGCCUCCAUGGCCUGCCGCUCCUGGUCGUGCUGUUCGUGGUGCGCCGCCAGCUGGUCCGAGAGGAUGUCCAGCUCCUCCUCGGCCAGAGACGCCGCCGUCAGGUCCGACUCAGCGAUGCUCGCCCUCCGCCGCACGAACGAGCGGGCGCUGGCCGUCACCACAGAUGAGCUCGCGGAGUGAUACGUGUUCCGCUCCGGGCCCCCGCCGCCUUGGUCUUCGCCAUGCCCGCUGUACAGCGAGCCCGGAGUAUCAUAGCCCGUGACGAUGUGUCUCCCCACCUCACUUCCCCUGUGGCUAGACGGCGGAGGCGCCCCCGAGCGCAGCGAGGCCGCAUACCCGCCUCUCUCCUCGUGGUUGCCGACCUCGCGCUCGCUGGCCGCCGCCGCCGCCACCUCCUGCUCCAGCUCCGCGACGCGGCCCAGCAGGCUCCACUUCUCCUCCUUGAGCGUGGCGGCCUCGGCGCGCAGCUUGUCCGCCGCCCGCGCGUGCUCGUCGUCCCUGGCGCGGAGCUGGCCGCGGAGGUCGUCGAUGGUUGUGACCUGCGCCAUCUUGGCGGCCCGCAGGUCGUCGUUCUCGGCCUUGAGCGUCUGGAUCUGUUUCUGGAGCUUGCGCAGCUGUGGGAGAACCGGCGCCGUCGGGGCGUGCGCGGCUGUUGUUGGUAGCCUGCUGCUGCCGCUGCUGCCGCUGCUGCCGCCGCCAGCAGAGGUCAAGGCCGAAAGGUACACGUGGGCUGGCCCGAGAUCUGGGUGUUUUGCCCUUGCGGGCAUGGAGUUCUCCUUAUUCGUCUGGGCUAUCCUUGAGUUGCGAAAUGAUGCAUUACCCCCGUCUUUGACCGCAGCGAGAGGCGUCCUGCUCGGCUGGCCUUGGAUGCUAUCCUGACUCUGCCUGUUCUGACCGCUGCCCACAGUCCGGUUGGCGCUUGUGUCCUUGGAGAUGCCAACGAUGGUCCCCGCGCCGGAUGACGAGGUGAUCAAGGAGCUGUAUGUGGCGCGGGAGAGGGUGCUGGUGCUCGAGCAGUGCCGCAGGUCGCGGCUUACCUUCCGAUCCAACUCGAGCGUUCGUCUGCCGCCGCCGCUUGACCCAGCCCUUUCGCCAUCUCGGGACCUGCCGCCCGUGGACCUGGGGCUCGACCCCAAGGCUUGCGACGAGCUCGUUUUCCUGAGUUGCGAUCCCCUGCCUACUGGUGAUGAGAGCGGCAGUGGCUUGUUCCUGGGAGUCACUGGAGACUCCGACAUUUUGGCUUGACUACCUUAGGUAAGGGAUGGCUGAAACGGUUCCUGGAUGGUUCAGUGAUGGUGAUGAUCGAUGCCCGCAACUGCCGUGAGAGCCGUGAGGACCUCAGGAGGAAGAUGAGAGGCUGUCUUGAUGUCCCCGUUGUUUACUUGUUUACCCAUUUUCCCUUGGUGUUGAAGGUCAGCAAAACAUAAUCUGCCUGGCGGCGCCACAAGAGGGCGCCACCGGAUCACGACGGGGCUGAUGUGCUAGAGCACCCAGGACCGGAAGACACUGGAAUGGAAAUGUGGGAUUGUCGGAAGGUGUACUGGAGCUGAAGCUCCUGGCAGCUCAUCAAAUCCCAUUUCUGAGAGUUGGAAACCCCAUCUAAUCGCCUGUUGCUUCAAUUACAACUGUCUCAACGCAAGGUUGUCAAAGCGGAAAUUACGUUAUGGCGAAGGGUGACACAAAAUGGGGGGCCAACCCACCCACUCACCCACGCCGUUACCAGCGCAACCCAGAGUAUCCAAGGAUGUUGGGAAUUUCUAUGAAAUCAUUUGCAAAUAAACGGCGAUUGUUCUCAUCGUUUUUUGUUGGUUUUUUCUGUGCCAAUUAUUCUCUGUCACGGAAGUCGUGCGUUGCCGGUCAAGAGCAGAUGCUUCCUGAAGACCUGCAACUUUCGUGGCAAGGCGGCUGGUUGAAUUUAGACCAGAGGAUCUCCGAGCAACGCAAUAUUGUCUCACUCCAUGUACUACAGUCAAGUGUCCACACGGGGGCCCAAUUAUGAAUACAAUUUCUUGGAAACC